UUUCCCUUACCUCUUGUUUUUUUCCCUUUCCUGUUUCCCUUACCAUGAUCAAUCCGUGGAAGUUAUCGAGCAAUAAAAAAAAACAAGAAGCAGCAGCAGCAGCAGCAGCGGCGGCCCACGCUUCGUCGUCAUCGUCGACCUCGUCAUCUUUCGUUACAUCUCCUGCCCCGUCGCCAUCGUCAUCACAACAAUCUGAACCGAAAUCGGGUGUGCUGGUUAUCCGCAUCUGCGAAGCACAAGGUAUUUCGCCUCCACCCGGUGUUCAGCUUCCCGCCAUCCCUCCUCAACCCCCGACACAACAUCAGCAUCGCAACCGGGAAUCAUUAACCCGUAAACAGCACUGGUGGCUUCCUUACGUGGUUCUGGAAUUCGAUAAAAACGAAAUUUUGGUCGAUGCCCUCGGUGGCGAUACACGCAAUCCCAUUUAUCAAUAUCGUGCCAAUUUUGAUGUAUCACGUAGCUCGGAUGUUUCGAUUUCCAUCUACCUUCGGCAUCCACCGACGUCUCAGGGAAUGGCGCAGCGAACCACCAAUGAUUAUUUCCUCGGUGCAGUGAAAAUUCAGCCCACCUUUGAUUCGACAAGAAUGGAAGAUCAGAUGCUCACAGUGGCUGGAGGCACAGGGGCUAUGCAUGUACAACUGUAUUAUAAACCACAAAAGGAGAGUCAACCCAUUGCAUUUGACUCGUUUGAUCUGUUGCGAGUCAUUGGACGUGGAAGUUUUGGUAAAGUGUAUGUUGUGCGCAAGAAGGAUACGAAUCGGAUCUAUGCAAUGAAAGUGCUACGUAAAUCACGUAUUAUAUCUCGAUCGGAAGUGACCCACACCAUGGCAGAAAAGACGGUCUUGGCCAAGAUUCGUAACCCGUUUAUUGUGCCUUUGAAAUUCGCGUUCCAAAGCCCCGACAAGUUAUAUCUGGUACUCGCUUUCAUCAAUGGCGGUGAACUGUUCCAUCACUUGCAAGUGGAAGGCAAGUUCAGUGAAGAACGCUCGCGGUUCUAUACCGCCGAAUUGUUAUCUGCUUUGGAAUGUUUACACGACUACAACGUCGUCUACCGUGAUUUGAAACCAGAGAACAUCCUGAUCGAUUACAAUGGACAUAUUGCGCUGUGCGAUUUCGGAUUAUGUAAAUUGAAUAUGAAGGAAAACGAGCGGACGAAUACUUUUUGUGGUACUCCCGAAUACCUUGCGCCAGAGCUCCUACUGGGUCAAGGCUAUACCAAGACAGUGGAUUGGUGGACAUUGGGUGUGCUACUUUAUGAGAUGAUUACCGGUCUUCCGCCUUUUUAUGACGAAAAUACAAAUGAAAUGUACCGCAAGAUUCUUGAAGACGAGCUCCGAUUCCCAGAGGAUAUGUCCCCUGAUGCCAAGACUCUGUUACGCGGCCUUUUAACUCGAGAUCCCAAUCAACGUUUGGGCAAUAAUGGAUCUCAAGAUAUCAAGAACCAUCCGUUUUUUGCGAGCAUCGAUUGGCGUCGACUGAAUCAGAAAAAGAUGCAGCCGCCUUUUAAGCCCUCCGUGGAAAGUGCAUAUGACACUACCAAUUUUGAUGAAGAGUUCACAUCGGAGCAACCGAUGGAAUCUAUAGUGGAUGAAUCGCAAAUUUCCAAGACCAUGCAGGAACAAUUUGUAGGCUUCACUUACAACCCUGCCAUGGAAGGCGUGAUGGCCGAGAGUUAUACAAAUUCGGUUCCCGGUAGUGCCAGCGACCAUGUCGGUAGCCAUUCCCAUUCGUCUCAUGGUCCAGCAUGGUGAGCAUCCCUGGGUGCAAAACGCUGAAUUUUAAUUUUUUGUUGUGCAUUAUGUUAUUCGUUUUUUCUUCGACUCCCGUUUCUUUAUCCAUCUGUAUAGUGUUCUCCCGGAAAAUAAAAACUCCGAGAUGCCAUAUCUCAUCCAUACUUUCACCUUUUUUCUUAUUCAGAGAACUGGCAUUCCAGUGCUGUGGCAGUUAUGAAAUAUAAUCUUGUCACCCAUUCCUCCUGCGCUAUCCAAUAAAUCAAUUUUGCCAACUGC